CGAUUCUUGUUCGCGUCAUCAUUUUUGAAUGCAAAAAGAAAGAAAGAAAAGGAAAGAAGUUGUUUCUUUUCCUUUCUUUUCUUUCAGUACUUACUUUCCUUUCCUUUUUUAAACAUGAAGAAUCAAGAAACCAAUUGUUUUCUUCAAUACAAUCCUAGUCUUUCUUAUAUCAUGUCUUCCACUGAGCAUUUGAAUGCUGAUGUGUAUCAACAACAAGAUCUCAUUGAAUUCAAAUACAAUGUGCCUAUUCUGGAUUCUGAUAACAUGGCUACUCAACACUCUGCUUCUGAGGAUGUCAUGUCUUGUUGUGCUUCUCCAGCUUCUAUUCUAUCCACAGGAAAUCAUACGCUGUUGUCUCUUUCACCUUAUCAAAACGCGCCUGAAAAUAUAGUUCAACAACAGACAGACAAAGUCCAUUUGGAUCCAUUCUAUAGCCUAGAUGCUUUUUAUUCCCCUUCACCUUCUUCUUCUUCUUCUUCUUCUACAACAACAACAACAACAAAAAUAAGCACAAAUCAUGAUAUGAAAGAAGAAUCUAUGUUGGAUGCAUCGGUGACAACUAAAAAAAGACGACGCAUGGAUGCAUUAGUAAACAAACAAGAAGAUCUUCAAUUAUCGAAUUCUGAACUUAAAAGACAAAUUCAUAUCCAAUCUGAACAGAAAAGAAGAGCUCAGAUCAAAGAAGGAUUUGAAGCCCUGAGAAAUGAAUUACCUAAUUGUUUAAACAAGAAGAUGAGUAAAGUAGCUCUGUUGCAGAGAACUGUUCAACAUAUGCAACAUUUAAAAAGUACACAGAUCAUUAUUCUUUCAGAACUCGAAAGACUCAUGCAUGAAAAUGAACAAUUGAAAAAAUGUCAAGAAAAUGUCAUUCAACAUUCAACAUUUCCUUCUUUAUAAGCAUCCCUCAUACAAGCUUUCUUUUCUCUCCCCUUAUUCUUAAAAUAUUAACCUGUAUAUGCUCUCUUUAUGUGUAUGUUCAUUCCUUUCCCUUUUUUUUUUUUUUAAAUAAAAACUGUC